UGCUCAGGCGAUACACUCUACAACAGACUGUGUGCUUGUGUAGAGCGUGUCAAGGAGGAUCUGUGUAUGUCACGCCCGCUUUGAGGAUUCUUGAUGUUAAUAUUAUAAUUAUUAUUACUAAGCAAGAAAUGGUUAUCUAAUUCUGAAACACAAUACAUUUAAUACAAUGUUAAAUUAUUGAAUAACCACUUUAUUAUUAAUUAUUAUUAUUAAAAUGAUUUUAACUGUAAGUUUUUUAAUUCUACGAACCUACUAAUGGUUGCUUUGCUAAAUAUAAUAGUAAGUUGCGGUCGCCUCUGAGCUGGAACUCUUAGGGAGUUUGUGCACGUUUGUACAAAAUGAUAGCUCUUGCUUGUCAUGCAUGCAGUUACGUACGUACCCAGCUUUAAGCUGCUCUACAUUCGGUGCGUCCGUCGAGUGAGCGGCCGUUGCUGACCAGUUUGCAAACCCCAACAGUGAACUGUACGCCUAGUGAGACGCCGCACUGAUUAAUUUUAUCAUUGGUGCGACCUCGAGCAAACAGGCGACCGCAAGCCAUACGCCUGGUGAGACCGCGGCUUGAGAUAUUGAUACACGGGACUAGCGUGCGAGUUCAAUGCACACAAUAAUAAGGAAACUGUUAAUUGCGUGUCCGUACACUCGGCGGGAGUCGGGGCCCACAUAGUAGGAGAACGUAGAUAGUCGCUGCCUUGUCGAUGAGUGUUGCGACAAAUGACGAGAACAAAGUUCACGCUACUGAAGAAGCCGAUACAAUCCUGAAAACUGAAAAAGUGUUUGAAAUGAGCAAUAGCGAAUUAGAAAACCAAUCAUCUGAAAGCACUUGUAAAAUUAAUGUGAACAUCAAUAGUUUCAAGAAUUGUGUAGUCAAGUUAUAUGAUAUUUUCUCAAAUCAGAAAGUUGUUCCACAUAAAACACGCAAGGCUGAUAUGGCUUGUGACAGUCAGAAUAUUGCGUCUAAAGAUUCCAGUUAUCAGGCAACAAAUCAGAAGGAAGUCCUUACGACAGAAUACAUUGUACCAGUCACUAGUAGUACUAGUCUGAAUGAUGUCAUUAAUAAAGACCAAUGUAUUAAUUCAUCGCAAAAUAGUUUGUGUACUGAGAAAAAUUCGUUCACUUGUGAUAUUUGUCGGAAAAAGUUUAUUAGAAAAAGUCUCUUAGUUAAUCACAUUAAGAUUCACACUGAAGUAAGAAAGUUCACUUGCGAGAUUUGCCAACACAAAUAUAAAUAUCAAUGUUCUUUGACAAGGCACAUGAGAGUUACUCACAUGGGUAUAAAGCCAUUCUCGUGUUCGUUAUGCAAGUACAAAAGUGCGGAAAAUAGCCAUCUAGUGGAGCACUUGAGAACUCACACUGGUAUAAAACCAUUCUCGUGUACGUUAUGCGAUUACAAAUCUGCAACAAAUAGCCGUCUAGUGAAGCACAUGAGAACUCACUCUGGUAUAAAGCCAUUCUCAUGUACGAUAUGCGAUUACAAAUGUGCACAAAGUAGCACCAUCUAGUGAGGCACAUGAGA